CAGAGUACGGAUGGUGUCUGCCUGCCUCGCUACUCGCGCGCACGUCUGCUCAUUUUUCGGGGGGCACAGAAGCUCCAACCGAGGAACUGACUGCUUGAAAACCUCCAAGCGUCGCUCAGCUCUCUUCAUCAUGUUGUUCUCACAGUUUUGAGCUCGUUUGUGUCUUUUGUUUUUCCUGCUGAAGCCUCUCUGAGUUGACUGGUACCGGGAGAAAGAGGAGAGGGAGGAGGAGGACUCGGUUCUUGUACCAGAGAGAGAGAAAAGGAACAGGAAAACAGAAGAAUGAAACAUUGGACUGUUGCUCGUGUGUUUUUUCUGCACUGAUACGGUGAUUGAAGCUGCAGGGAUAUAACACAUUCAGCUUUUGUUCCCGUCAAUGCACGACCGCUAGAAGAGAAAGGAGGAACGCGCUGCAACGUUACAAGUCCGGGAUCAUCACCUCCAAGACCCAAGGCAGUCCUCGACUUACAGGGCAUCACCCUAAAACCCAGAGGAACCAUGUCUUCUACGAAAUACAAGAAGGAUAAGGAGAUCAUAGCGGACUAUGAGACCCAAGUGAAAGAGAUCCGUAACCAGCUGGUGGAGCAGUUCAAAUGCUUGGAGCAACAGUCUGAGUCUCGUAUCCAGCUGCUGCAGGACCUGCAGGAGUUCUUCCGCCGCAAAGCAGAGAUCGAGCUGGAGUACUCCCGCAGCUUAGAGAAACUGGCCGAGAGGUUCUCCUCCAAGAUCCGCAGCUCCAGAGAACACCAACAGUUCAAAAAAGACCAGCACCUGCUGUCCUCAGUAAACUGUUGGUACCUGAUGCUGAACCAGACGAGGCGAGAAAGCCGUGACCACGCCACCCUCAGCGACAUCUACACCAACAAUGUCAUUGUCCGCCUGGCCCAGAUCAGUGAGGACAUCAUCCGUCUGUUCAAGAAGAGCAAGGACAUUGGGAUCCAGAUGCACGAGGAGCUGGUGAAGGUGACGAAUGAACUCUACACUGUGAUGAAAACAUACCACAUGUACCACACUGAAAGCAUCAGCGCAGAGAGCAAGCUGAAGGAUGCAGAGAAGCAGGAGGAGAAGCAGUUCAGCAAGUCCGGAGAUCUUAACGUGAACCUCCUGCGCCACGAGGACCGCCAGCCGAGACGCGGCUUCGUCAGGAAGAUUGAGAAGAUGAAAGAGAAGAGGCAAGCCAAGUACUCCGAGAAUAAGCUGAAAUGCACAAAAGCCCGGAACGACUAUUUGUUGAACCUGGCGGCAACAAAUGCAGUUGUGGCAAAAUAUUACAUCCAUGACGUCUCUGAUAUGAUUGAUUGCUGUGACCUGGGCUACCAUGCUAGCUUGGCACGCACCCUCAGGACCUACUUAUCUGCCGAAUACAACCUGGAGACAUCACGCCACGAGGGACUGGAUAUCAUAGAGAACGCGGUGGACAACCUGGAUUCCCGCAGUGACAAGCACAAGAUCAUGGAUAUGCAUAACCAGGUGUUCUGCCCUCCAAUGCGCUUUGAGUACCUGCCACACAUGGGAGAUGAGGUGUGCCAGGUGAGCGCCCAGCAGCCCGUCCAGACUGAACUCCUGAUGCGCUACCACCAACUGCAGUCUCGCUUAGCUACGCUAAAGAUUGAAAACGAGGAGGUGAGAAAGACCUUGGAUGCCACCAUGCAAACGCUGCAGGACAUGCUGACGGUAGAGGACUUUGACGUGUCGGAUGCCUUCCAACACAGCCGCUCCACUGAAUCCAUUAAGUCUGUGGCCUCCGAGUCCUACAUGAGCAAGCUGAAUGUAGCCAAGAGGAGGUCGAACCAACAGGAGACUGAAAUGUUUUACUUCUCGAAAUUCAAGGAGUACCUGAAUGGCAGUAACCUCAUCAUUAAGCUGCAGGCCAAGCAUGACUUGCUGAAGCAGACACUAGGCGAAGGGGAAAGGGCCGAGUGUGGAACUACAAGGCCCCCCACCCUUCCCCCUAAACCACAGAAAAUGCGGAAGCCUAGGCCGCGAUCCGUGUAUAACCAUAAGCUGUUUAAUGGCAAUAUGGAGACCUUCAUCAAGGAUUCAGGUCAACCGAUCCCACUUGUUGUUGAAAGCUGUAUCAGAUACAUCAAUCUAUAUGGCUUGCAGCAGCAGGGCAUAUUCCGCGUGCCAGGAUCACAGGUGGAAGUCAAUGACAUUAAGAACUCAUUUGAGAGAGGUGAGGAUCCCUUGAUUGAUGAUCAGAAUGAGCAUGACAUCAACUCAGUGGCAGGGGUGCUGAAGCUGUACUUCAGAGGACUGGAGAACCCCCUCUUCCCAAAGGAGCGCUUCCUGGACUUCAUCUCUACCAUCAAGCUGGAGUCUGGAGCUGAGAGAGCGCAUCACAUCCAGCAGAUCAUUGUGACUCUUUCUCGCACCAUCAUAAUCGUCAUGAGAUACCUCUUUGCUUUUCUCAAUCAUCUCUCCCAGUACAGUGAUGAGAACAUGAUGGAUCCAUACAAUCUGGCAAUCUGCUUUGGUCCGACCCUGAUGCCAAUCCCAGACGGACAGGAUCCUGUAGCGUGCCAGGCACAUGUUAAUGAGGUCAUCAAGACUAUCAUCAUCCACAAUGAACUCAUCUUUCCCAAUCAGCGUGAGCUGGACGGCCCGGUGUAUGAAAAGUGCAUGACUGGGGGGGAGGAGUACUGUGACAGCCCACAUAGUGAACCAGGAACUAUUGACGAAGCUGACAAUGGAACUGAGCCACACACCAGUGAUGAAGAGGUGGAACAGAUCGAGGCCAUCGCUAAGUUUGACUACGUGGGACGCACUCCCAGGGAGCUGUCCUUCAAAAAGGGAGCGUCCCUGCUUCUGUACCACCGAGCGUCUGAAGACUGGUGGGAGGGCCGCCACAAUGGCGUGGAUGGCCUUAUCCCCCAUCAGUACAUUGUAGUCCAAGACCUGGAUGAUGCUUUCUCAGACAACCUCAGCCAGAAAGCAGAUAGUGAAGCGAGCAGUGGACCAUUGCUGGAUGAUAAGGGUUCAUCCAAGAAUGAUGCUCCGUCACCAUGUGAACAGUCACCAGAUUACAACUUUGGAGGAGUCAUGGGGAGGGUGAGGCUACGGUCAGAUGGAGCUGCAAUCCCACGUCGCCGCAGCGGUACGGACACCCACAGCCCAACCAGAGUGGCAGACACUCCGCCGCGCGCUGCAGCCUGUCCCAGCAGCCCCCACAAGGUAUCCAUUAGUAAGGGUCGCAUGGAGAGCCCAGAAAAGAGGCGACUUGGCACCUUUGGCAGUGCAGGAAGCAUCAACUACCCAGACAGGAAGACCUAUCCUGAAGGCCACCCUCUGAGACCAGUGCCGGGGGCCACUCGUCACAGUAGCCUCGGGGAUCACAAAUCACUGGAGACUGAAGCACUGGCUGAGGACAUAGAAAAGACUAUGACCACAGCGCUUCAUGAGCUCCGUGAACUGGAGCGACAGAACACAGUUAAGCAGGCUCCCGACGUGGUCUUGGACACCCUGGAGCCCAUGAAGAACCCAGUUAGCUCCGAGCCCGGCAGCCCUCUGCACACCAUUAUGAUUCGUGACCCGGAUGCAGCCAUGCGCCGCAGCAGCAGCUCCACCUCUGAGAUGAUGACCACCUUCAAACCGGCUCUCUCUGCCCGGCUGGCUGGGGCUCAGCUACGCCCCCCACCCAUGAGGCCGGUGCGCCCUCCUCCUAACCAGCACCGCUCGAGCAGCUCCAGCUCUUCAGGGGUCGGCAGCCCUGCCGUAACUCCCACUGAGAAGAUGUUUCCUAGUAACAGUACGGCUGCUGGUUCUAAUAUGAAUGCGUCCAGUGAUGCUGGAGAUAAAUCUGGUACCAUGUAGCAAAGGUUGAAUCCGCUAGGUGGGAAGGUUGUUCAGCUUCCCAAGUCAGGGGAAAGCUGAUGGAAAUGAGUGCUGAUGUGUGAAAAGCAGAUAUGGAUAUUUUCAUCUCUGUUUUCUGCCUGACUUAAUUCAUAUAAUUCAGGAAGCUCUUGAAGCGAGCCUACAAUACGUUACCAUGGUGAUAAAGCGGCGGAAGAAGCUGUAGAGGUGUGAUAGCGUAACCCUCAACUCUCUUUGAAACUUGAUUUAACUAAAGGAAAUGUGUAUAAGAAUACACGUGUUUCAGUUUUACCUCAGUUUCAACAAGAAAAUCUGUGGCCAUGUUCUCGUUUCAGAGAUACAGUGAAUGCAAGUGAAGCAAUACUUGUGUGACAUUUCGUAUUUCUACCCAACACACGCUGUCCAGCUGAUGUUUCAGUCACAUCUGCUGAUGUGCGUGAAACACCUCACCUGGACAGGUGCAAACAUUCAGGCUAAAAUACCAUGUUUGGUUGCCGGGUAGGUCGCAGGCCUUACGGCUGUAGAUACACACUUACUUGAAGUCGCCAUGCUUUCUGUUUGUACUAUAAUACAGUGGAUGUUCAGCAAAGUACAGUAACAACUUAGUGACAUUAUAUACUUCUGCAUGUGGGGUUUGGAGGAAAUAAGGAAAAGUAAAAACUUGCAUCAAUAAGAGAUUUUUAAUGGUGCGCGAUUUUCUCAUAUGGUCAUUGUAAGCAUAAUCUAACAGUUUGAAACCUAAUUUAAUGGAGAAAAAAAGUUUCAGAUAUCAAAAUAUUUGAUGAAGUAAAACAUGGGGAUGUUACAGUGUUUUAUUUUAAAUCUGCCAUGUGUGUGGUACCGUCCACUACUAAAGAUAAAAGCAUCCUGGCAUGAAGAUGAUCCCUAAAGUCUGAGACAUACUAAUCAGAACUUAUCCUUCAUCAUGUACGGGGCAGACUUAACAUGUCUGCCUCCAUGUUAUUUUCUGUGUCCUGUAUAUGAAAUGCAGAAAACUAAUACGUCAACUAAUGUGGGAAAACCUGUGGUAAACCUGUACAUAAUAUAUAGCUAGUAAUUUUUUAAGUGUUAAUCUUGUACAGGCUAAUACAAAAAAGGCAACGGGUCAGCUGUGAAUGGCACUUAGAGUAAAGAAAUCACCUUUUUUUUCCUUCAGUAAACUCCAAACAUACUCUUUAACGGUAUAAAAUAGAGUUCAAAUCUUGUACUGUGUGCUUAGAAUGCAGUUUGUAAUUGUACUGUAGAAAACGGAUCGCUGUUGAACGAACAACAGAGGCCCGAAAAACCUAAACUUUUGCCUCUCCAUGUCUAAUUCGGGCGAUUUUAUUAUUGCAUAAGACACGUGGAAAAGUACCCUGUGAUGGUUCCUCUUUAAAAUUUAAAAUCUGAUACACACCCAGAGGAACCUGCGAAGUAGAUGUUGUGACAUGCAGUUAUCACAGCUAUCACAGUUUCCUUCCUUCCUUCCUGCCUUCUUCUCGCCCUUGCUGACAGAUGCAGUUUUGCUCUGACUGUUUCUUUCGUUGGGAGAAAUCUAAAUCGAGAACAUUUCAGUGUUUAUAUCUACUGUACCUCUUGUCAUUCUGGCAGCUCUAGUCCAGAGACCUUGUUACCCGCAUCCCAAAGAGCCUGCUCUCUUCUGCAUGUUUUGCGCUGUAAUGUCUGACUCAUACUCUGCGGCAGUUAAACGAUGGCUGUAUGUGGUGCCUUGCCUUGGUAAAACGCACAAAUUGACUCAAUAUUGGAUGUUUGAUUUUUUUACUUUAAAUAAACAGGCCUUAAUAUUAAUGGGGUUUGGGAAUGAUUAAUAAAGCUGCUUGUUGCAGUUGCUAAAAUAGAGGGGAAACAAUAAUGCUUGAUUGAGUAAAAUAAAGUUACAUAGCAUGUGAACCAGGCUCUGAUCCCACUGUCAACUCUGCAGUCAGUCUGUACAUUAUGCAGUGUCACUGAGAUACAUGAAUAUUUGCUUGUUGUCAAUGGAUUGAUUCUUAAGAGCAGAGAGCUCCUACAGCCAGAAAAAGACAAUACAGCAUUUAAAGUCAGUGCACUCACACCCUCUGCUGGUUCCUGCUGGUAUUGCCUCUUCCUGUUACAAACCAGUGGACACCAUCACCUUUACAUGGGCAUUAUGAUCUGGAGCUAAUAUAACAAUCACUAAGCUCAUUUAUAUAAGUCUAUACGUCUGUACUGGUUACAGUUUUGCACCUGUUGAAAUCUAUGAAGAUACAAAAAAAAAAAGUGUAUACGAAGAAAGCACACAAUUUCAAAAGGUGAAAUGAUCAUCGUUAUAUUUAACUAGACUGUUGUGUUUUUUAUUUAUAGACACUUGUGUAAGUGGAGCAGAAAAUUUGAGUGCCUUUUGCGCACAACAUCAAUUUUUAUUAGACUUUUAUAUUUACUUUUUUUUUUUUUUUACUGUAAUAUGUUGUCUAUUAGUUGUCAUGUUUAUUAUAAACUGAGGUUGCUUUUUUUAUCUUUACUUUCAAUUGCUACUUGUCAAACCACCACAAGGAAUACAUGGUGUAAAGAUACUCCUGUCAUGACCUACAGAAGAAUCAUCAUUAAAAAUGCUUGUUUGUGUUUGGGGUGAUCGCUGAUGAAUAGGAGUUAUAGAAACUACUGUAAACGCGAUCUGCUGGUGAAGUUCAGUAGAAUCAUCUCAGAAUAUUUCUCUUUUUUUUUUUUUGUUUUCCGUGUGAACUGCCUGUGCUGUGGUUGAGCUGUGACUUGCCAUUUAGCUCCUUCCCUUCAUUGCAGUAUUGUUGGAAACCACAGGACUGAUACAAACCCUCUUCUUGCAGAGGUUGUAAGGCACCUGGUGCGCUGUCCUUCCCCCUACAUGUGAUGUUACACAGACAUUUUCUCUCCUGGAAUGUAUGCUGAAAUGGGUAACACUGAUCGUCUGCUGACGUGAGAGGACAAAAGAGGACAUCACAGUAAGAGAGCAGACUGUCAUGUUGUGAGGACCGUGAGUGUGAGUUGCUGUCACACUGUUUACCUUCUCUUUAAUUGUUUGUCUAGUGAUGCUGUUUGUUGAUGAGUGUCUGGUUGGUUGAAACCCUGUGAUGUAAUGUACACCAUACCACUGACUGGAUGUUGAAAACCCCUGCAUCCAAAUAAAACCAUUAUUGCUCUGUGA